UACACAGACCCAAUCCUCCAGACCCCUAUGUGGUCACUUCCUGGACUAAACUGGACUGAAAUUACUGGACCAGACUGGGCGUGUACUGCAUUAGCGUGAAUCACAUCGAACCUGGCGUGAACCCAACCAGAUCUGGACCAGAUUGGAUUGGACCGGACUGGACCAACUGUUACUGAGAGAAAGAGGAAGGAAUGGUCGGGAAACAAAGAGAAAUAAGUGCAAAGAUUGUUCGUAGUGCCUUAGAAAGUGGUGUUUGGUGAAUUAUCAGGGACUAGAGGACUGAUAUUUAACUAGUCUAUUGAUCUGUCAAUUAUAGUAUUGAUUAUAUGGUGGAUUGAUUGAUUGACUGAUUGAUUGACACAUACUGUAUACUAUGACAAGAUCUAAAAUAAGGAAGGGAAAGGCACCCAGGGACGUUGGUGUUGUGUUUCAUUCACAGAGAGGGAAGUUCAGAGAUUCUGUUUCUUUAUGUUAUGGAUGUUCUUAUGGUUCUGUUUAUAUCGUGGGAAAGAUGAGAUGAUCACAGUGAGCUGUAGGAUUUCACUUUCACCACUUCACUUCUACAUACCUUCCUGAGUCAGCAAGUUAGUCAUCUGAUUCACUUCAAUGAUUAACAGUUUUAAAACACAUCAUGAACCGGAUAUCACAUAACAUCGAUAGGAAUUCUCCGUAAUACCUGAAGGUGUUUUUAUCCAGAGAUUAUUCAGUCAUUCAGUCCCACAAAUGACGGCUCUAAGAUGAUUGACGUUUACAAUUUGGACUGUAAAGGUGUACAGCGAUGCUCUAUCAAUGGCUAUCUGUCUGGAUUUUUGAGAACGACUGUGGAGGAAUGACUACAAAGUUAACUUUAGACCGCUCCUCACCACCAAAAUAAGUGGCCUUUGACUCAACCUCCAUUUUCCCACAGGUCAGAUCUAAAGAGAGCGUUUUUUCCAUGUCUACCCACUUUUGAAUAUUUUCCAUUACAUAAUCUUUGACAUUUUAUAUCCAUUUUCUUGUCCAUUCUUUCAUGCUGCUCAGCUCGUUAUGUUAGCACCAGCUGAUAAGCUUAGCCAAGCCUCCAAGUACCUAGCCUACCUGACUGACUGGUGGAUAGUCUAGCAUCUGUUGUUCAACCACAGCGACUAUUACGAUCACUAACCUUGCACCUGCUGAAGUCUCCCACCCUGCCCCCCUGCCCUCCCCGGCACCAGGCCUCUGUGUGUGGGCUUGCCCUCAGCGGGACCCCCUUGCCAACUCCCAGCCAUGGGGUUUCAGAUCCAGGGCAUGGAGCUGUUUGCCAUUGGUGUGGUCAUGAUCAUGUUUGUGGCCGUGCUCAAGGGCUUUGGCAUCCUGGAGCCCAUGUCCUCCUUUGAAGAUGACAGUAGUGACAGUGAUUUGGAACUGUCUACAGUUCGUCACCAGCCAGAAGGCUUGGACCAGCUGCAGGUUCAGACGAAGUUCACCAAGAAGGAGCUCCAGUCACUAUACAGGGGCUUCAAGAACGAGUGUCCAAGUGGUUUGGUUGAUGAAGAGACGUUCAAGACCAUCUAUUCUCAGUUCUUUCCCCAAGGAGACGCCACCACCUAUGCACAUUUCCUGUUCAAUGCAUUUGAUAUGGACAGAAAUGGCUCCAUUCGUUUUGAGGACUUUGUGAUUGGCCUGUCUGUUCUUCUGAGAGGGUCAGUCACAGAGAAACUCAACUGGGCCUUCAACCUGUAUGACAUAAACAAGGACGGAUACAUCACUAAAGAGGAGAUGCUGGCUAUUAUGAAGUCCAUCUACGAUAUGAUGGGCAGGUACACCUACCCCAGUGUACGGGACGAGGCACCCUCUGAACAUGUGGACAAGUUCUUCCAGAAAAUGGACAGAAACAGAGAUGGAGUGGUGACCAUUGAGGAGUUCAUUGAGACAUGUCAGAAGGACGAGAACAUCAUGAACUCCAUGCAGCUCUUUGAGAACGUGCUCUAGAACCCAGCAGAAUGUUCUACGCCAUUCUCCCAUCGUCUGAUCCUGUCCUCCUGUCUAUACACAACCCCUGUCCAAUCCCACAAUACACACACACACACACACACUCAAUUUAGUACAUCCUAAUAUAGGAUGGCUAAUCCACAGAUAUGUACGUGUGUAGAAACUAGCAGAGUUUCUUUACUGCUGCACUAGCCUCAACCUACCACUGCUUGUGGAAAGAGAGCACUAGAGAAAGAAAAGAGGAGAGAAGAGAGCUACUGGGACCUCUUCUACUUUACAGCUUGGCAGCUUCCCAAAGAAAAGAGAAAGAAGGACCAAACUGCUUAACACUGAUGAUCCUAGGAGCUUCUAGAACUCUGCCUCCUCAUUGGACCAUAAAGACAGAUUACCAAUCAAAAGAUGGAGAGAGAAUGUGAGACUGGAAAUAGUGGAAAUUCAUCAUGAUGUUGCUGACCUCCAGACCGGGAUCCUGUAGCUAUAACACACAAGUACAGUAGCCUCCACACUUACACAUACUAUAUGUGGACACACUGACACACUUCUUUGAAGAGUGUUUAAGAGAGUUGAUGUAGUAUGUAGUAGAUGUAUGCACUCACUAACUGUAAGUCGCUCUGGAUAAGAGCGUCUGCAAAAUGACUAAAAACGUUUGAAUUUUUUUUUUAAUGUAGUAUACAGAAAGCUGGAUUGAGCCUGAGAAAGGACACCGGCACCAAACACCACAGAGACACUAAAAAGAAAAUAACUGAAGCAUGCGCUUGCACUAAGAAUCAUUCAUAUUGUACAAUAUGCACCAGAAGAGAAUGCAUUGUAAAUUUAGAUAGCCACUGUAAACCACUAAAAGAAAACUCAGUGUGUAUGUAGAUAUGUAUAGACAAUAAUAUAUAAUAAUAACAUAUCCUAAAUAAAGCUAGGUGUUGUGCUCUCAUCUGUACUGCACUAUGGGUAGUAAGUUGUAGGUGGUGUUAAGGUUUUCUUAACACCUACAGAAUACUAAUUGAUGGAAUUGUAGCCUUACAUGUUUAGUAGAAGUAUUUUUGGAUCAUUUGAUCCUACAGGUAUUUUGUUUCAUUUCAAGUCAGUUCUGGAGUUUUGAGGAACCCCUACAGGCGGUGGGUUCUACUCCCAUAGUUCUAGGUGACACAGGGAGGGUCACUGGUUCUGCUCUGUCACCAAUGGACCAGCGAGUCAGAAUAAGCAUGAGAUGUACAGUAUGUCAGUGCCACCUUAUAAUGUGUGUAACAAUAAGACCGAUAUACUAAGAUGUAUAUGUGUUGUAAACUAAAGCCAUCCUCAGAUGAAUACAGAGUAUACAGCUAUGGCUUAAUCCCUCUUCUGAAUCGUUCAUCAGAUAUUUUGUUUUGUUAAUGUCCCAAAAUGGCACCCUAUUCCCUCUCAAAAGUAGUGUACUAUAAAGGGAAUAGGGUCCAUUUGGGACAUCUAUGAUGUCAUCAUCUGAGGUCUGAGCACUGGCCCCUACUGAUGACAUCACUGUUAUUUCCUAUCCUAAGCCCUGAUAAGAUAUGUGUUGUUGUUGUUGUUGUUGUUGUACAGAUAUUUACAGUAGUGAAUGAGGGAACAGUGUUCCUGUGGCAGAAAGUAUUAUUACAUCCCCAUUCUUCUCAUUGAAACCAAGGACAAUUCUGGGAUGGCAAAACUAUAUCAUAAUCCUGAUAUAGUAAUACCAUGGUAAAUAAUGGUAAUACUAUAACCCUUUAUAACUGUAACACUUUGACUGCUAAGACUGGAGAAAAAAAAACACCCAGCCCCACCCCAUUCUCUCAUACCCCUACACCUAAGGCCUAACCACCACAGCCCCUAGGCCCCAGGCCCUAUAUACAGUAUUGUACCCUGUGGACCUGUUCUAGGAAAUCACAUUGUCUCAGAGGUAGAGUGUUGUAACAGAGGUUUUCUCUGUCUUUGCCAUAACAACAUAGCUCAUGUGACCUGGCCUGGAGCAGAUUAGUUCUGUUCACGUGUGUGUGUGUGUGUGUGUGUGUGUGUGUGUGUGUGUGUGUGUGUGUGUGUGUGUGUGUGUGUGUGUGUGUGUGUGUGUGUGUGUGUGUGUGUGUGUGUGUGUGUGUGUGUGUGUGUGUGAGAGUGCACGUGUUUGUUUGUGCGGUGUGGCAUGAAUGAAUGAAACAGACUAGAGACCAAACCAUGGAACUAAAGCAUACACAGACAGCAUGGCAAAGCCCUGGUGCCUGGCCUAGAACUCAUACACACACACACGCUCCAUGUGAGCCGCUCUCUCCAUGAGAAAACAAUGUUGUGUUAUAACUAUUUACCGUUUGAAGGAGGGCCUGUUUUGAAGCAGAAAGACUAGAAUGACCAGUACAAACAUGAUGUUAAUUCUUAACUCAUAACUCAUUUGAAUUCCAAACUGCCUCAUUGAGAAUUCCCAGGAUUCCUAGGUUGUAUGUGUCGAUCACUUCAGUAUCCGUGGGAUGUCAUCUCUCAGUGAUGUCAUCAGAAAUCUCAGGACUGUAUCAUCAGAAAGUGUAUGAGGGAGGAACUGACUGAGAAGGUACACCUCUCAAACUGUUUUGAUAGAUGGUUGUGACAUUUCAGGGGUAGUAAAAGUAGCAGGAAACACUAUACUUUUAAGUCAUGUGUCAAACUCAUUCCACGGAGGCCGAGAGUCUGCGGGUUUCGCUCCAUCCUUGUACUUGAUUGAUGAAUUAAGGUCACUGUCGCGUAGAAUAGGCCAGAAGGCUUAACUGGAAAACCUAACCUCUACUAAAUAAAAUGAUG